GGCGCGGAUACCGGGCAGCCUCGGCAGCUGGGCCGCGGCGGGCGCCAGCUCGGCCCGCCCCCCCCCGCCCCGCCCCGCUUCGCGCCUCCGCCGCGCCGGCCGCUGUCAGCGCCUUGAGCGUCCGGCUGAGACGCGGUGUAUGGUUAGUCGCUGCGGUCGCCGGCUGCUACACGUCCUGGGCCUUAGCUUCCCGCUGCUGAGCCGCCGGCCGCUUCUCCUCUGCCCUCCCCUCCUCAUGAAGCCGCUGGUCGUGUUUGUCCUCGGCGGCCCCGGCGCCGGCAAGGGGACUCAGUGCGCCCGUAUCGUCGAGAAAUAUGGCUACACACACCUUUCUGCAGGAGAACUUCUUCGUGAUGAAAGGAAGAACCCAGAAUCACAGUAUGGUGAACUCAUUGAAAAGUACAUUAAAGAAGGAAAGAUUGUGCCAGUUGAGAUAACCAUCAGUUUAUUAAAAAGGGAAAUGGAUCAGACAAUGGCUGUCAAUGCUCAGAAGAAUAAAUUCUUGAUUGAUGGGUUUCCGAGAAAUCAAGACAACCUUCAAGGUUGGAAUAAGACCAUGGAUGGAAAGGCAGAUGUAUCUUUUGUUCUGUUUUUUGACUGCGAUAAUGAGAUCUGUAUUGAACGAUGUCUUGAGAGGGGAAAGAGUAGUGGUAGGAGUGAUGACAACAGAGAGAGCUUGGAAAAGAGAAUUCAGACCUAUCUUCAGUCAACAAAGCCAAUUAUUGACUUAUAUGAAGAAAUGGGGAAAGUCAAGAAAAUAGAUGCUUCUAAAUCUGUUGAUGAAGUUUUUGAUGAAGUUGUGAAGAUUUUUGACAAGGAAGGAUAAUUCUAAACCUGAAAACAUCCUUGAAAUCAUGCUUGAAUAUUGCUUUGAUAGCUGCUAUCACACCCCUUUUUAAGAUAAUUUUAAUCUUUCAUAACUACAUCUCAAUUAAUGGCUGGAAAUUAUAUAGUAAGACAAAUUUUUUAUGUUCUCUUUUUUUUUUGGUCACCGGAGUAGACAGUGAAUUCAUGUUUAAUUUCAUCUUAGUUAUGGUGCUCACAAAACAAAGAAGGACAUCAGCUAGUUCUUUGUUUUUAUUCAAAAAGAAUAUCCCUUUUGUAGUUUGUGACUUCUGUGAGCAAAACCUUUUAAUAUGCAUAUUAUAUCCCUUUAGUAAUUACAGUCUAUUAAGAUUAGGGACACCCAAUUCCUCUUUUUCUUACAUGUUUUAAAUUUCCAACCUUAGGUGAAUCUGUGGACCAAAUUUCAAAGGAACUUUUAUGUAGUCAGUUCUUGCACAAUGUGUUUGGUAAACAAACUCAUUAAAUGGAUUCUUAGCAAUGUUUUAGUAUUUAUCAAAUAACUGACCACUUCCUAUAGAAAGAUAAAAAAAACACUUAUGCUUUGCUUUACUACAACUUGUACAAAGUUGUAUGACAGGGCAUAUCCUUUGCUUCCAAGGUUUGGGUUGGGGGCACUCGGGGUACAGAGCCUGGCAGAAUUGUCAACUUUAUUCUGACAUAAUCUGAGGGUAGGGGGGAAGGAUCACAUGUAAUGGUAUGUGUUCCUUAUAUUCUAUUAUAUACUGUUAUUCAUGAUUCAACUGAAUUAACAAAAUUCCUAGCAGUGAAACCUUGAAAUGCAUGUGCUAGAUUUAUGCUAAAAUGAUUCCGUUAGCAUUUUAGUAACACUUCAGAGUUUUUUGAUUUUUGUUUGUUUUCUAGACUAAAUAUAAGGUUGGGAUAAAUUAGAAGCAAUUAUUGAUUAAAUUUCCCAUUUGUAUUUUCUUGAAUAUUAUUUUCAUAGUUAUUUGUUUAAGAAGACUUAAAAAUCAUUGCACUUUGGUCAGAAAAAUAAUAAAUAUAUCUUAUAAAUGUUUGGCUACUUUUAUUCAGUAAAUUCUUUUUUGGCAUCAUAUUGAAACAUUGAAAGAUACAGAAUUUUUUAAAGGUCCAAAGGAAUAUUCUUUAACAUUCAUUCUUCCUUUAUAAAUCUCUGAGAAAUUUUUUUUCUCUUUUCUUUUCCUUCUAUCAAUAAUGCUAAGUGGUAUCCAGAUUCUUAAUAUGAGAUUUGUUAAAAUGUUUCUCAUUUUUGGCAUUUACACUGUUUGGUACACAGGGUUAAAUAGGGCAAGGAUCUUUGUUGUUGUAUAAUUAGAUUUGAUAUUUAAAGUCAUAGGGAAUAGUGAGGACAAGUUAAUGGAUGUUUUUAUAUUGUAAUAGACUCAUCUAUUUCUAUGUGUGUUAUAAAAUCACUUAAGGUUUUCAACAUACUUGCAAUUAGAAAACAAAGUAUCGCUAAGUACUGUAACAUAUUGGCCACCAAAAUUUGUAUUGAGAUUAUCUUGGUUUCUUGUCUUGGAAGACAUUGUAAUGAGUUCUUAUCUAGUGUUUCAGUCCAGCCAAUUAGGGAAGUGGUUUAAUCAAAAAUUUCUAGUAUGAAGCAAGAGUGAAAGACUAAGGUUUUGAGAGCAUUCCUACUCACAUAAGUGAAGAAAUCUGUCAGAUGGGAAUCUAAAUAUUUAUACUGAUAUUGUGAAACCAGCCUUAAAGUUUUGAAGAAGACUGUUGAAACUAGGUACUUUGCUUCCUUUCAUCAGAUAUUUUUCUUUGGCAUUUGAGAUCAGAAACCAAGAAACAUGGUAAUUACUAAAUUAUGAGGCUUUGCUUUUUGUUUUCUUUUAAGUAGAAAAACAUGUUGGCAAUAUUGAGUUUGGGGGUUGAUUGAGAUACAUCUGACUUUACUAAUUUGGUCAUUCCAUUUGUUAAAGAUACAGUCACUAAGAAGUUUUUGAGUGUUUGGAAAGACCCUAAUUUGAGCCUUGCUUGUUUUUUUAAAUUAACAUUAUUUCCAUUCAGCAAUGUUGGAUGCAUAUGAAUUAUUUGGUAAAUAAUCUCAAUAAAUUUUGUGUUGUGGCCUUUGCUA